GCCUUAAUCGUGUGGACGAACGUUGGAUUUAAUCGUAUAUUUGGUUAGCUGAAGUUGGAAUUCUUUAUGGAUAAUUAAAAUUUAUUGAUCCAUAUUACACCAAGGAUAUUUGCUGUUGUGUAUAACCAUGUUGCAUUCUCCACUUUCAAAUCCUUUUCCAAACAAUUGUUCUUCGACUACCACAUCAAAAUGUAACGAAUGUUUUAAACCAGAUCUCACUGUUUUGCAGUCCGCGAUACCAUUCCUUACAAAGCCAUUACUAGCGAUUGCAAGCUUCUCUAAUACAAAUGAUAUUCCAGGGUCUACGACCACAUCAUUUUCUAUCCAACCAGUAUCACGAGUGCAAGCUCAUCAGCAAAAUUUAACAUUCGGAAAUGUAAACAGUCCUAACUUAUCAGGAUCGUCUUCAUUAUCAUCAUCUUUAGUUUCUCUACAUUCCGCCCCCAACAGUUGUGUAACUAAUCAACAAAUUUCGACAUCUCCCGUAUCUGUACACUCAAACCAUGUUUCCUCUGGCUCCAGAGACUCACGGUGGCUUAAGCUGCGUGUGUGUACAUCAGUUUUGGAAAUAUCUAGCUCACCUUUGCAAAAUAAAAUCAGAUCUGAAAAAGAGCCUAUGGACAUUGAAAAUAAAUGUUCUAUAAAGUUGGAAGACACUAGUACAAAAAAUGAGUGCUCAUCUACUACAAGCUGUCAAAAUGAAAAUGAAUCAAGCUUUCAUUGCUGUGUUUUUGGAAGUACAUGUCCUUACGCCCACCCACCUGUAACUGUCCGAGUAGAAAAUGGCUAUGUAACAGUAUGUUACGACUUCAUUAAAAGGAAACUCUGCAAGUUUUCUCACUGUAAGUAUUAUCACCCCCCUCCACACCAAAUCGAAGCUAUUAUUAAACGUGGCGAUGAACAAAGGAAACUAUUGGAAAAUCAACAACGUUUGUCUGAGUUAAGAACUUCCAAUCUCAUUUCAAUGCAACCGUUGCAACAGACGCUACCGACUGGUUUACCCAUUCUCAGUUCGGUAGCUAGUUGCCCCUCAAGCCUUAGAUGGCCGCCUACUACAUUACUUCAGUCAACUGUUGGGGGAUCAGUUUAUGGAACAUAUUUAACUCCUCUAAAUUCUGUACCUGAUCCGGCAUCUCUUAGUGCAUCAGCGUUAUUAGCAGCGGCAGCUGUCCUACAACAGGCAAAUCAAGCUGCUGGUGUGUUAUCAACAUCAUCUACACUAUCUUCAUGCUCAAUAUUUCCUCAUGAUUCGGUUAUUUCAAAGUCAACAAUCAAUAAUGAUACAUCCCCUUCAGUUACUUCUGAGCAGCAACCCAAAGCUGCUAAUCUCCCAUCAGCUGUAGCUGCAUUCAUUCCUACUACGUCUGUCGAUAAUUAUGUUUCUUCAAUUGUAACAAGUAAUUCUGAAGUUGCCAGUAAUACUGCUGCUAAUCCCUUCACCUCACUUAUUCGUGCCGGUAUGAAACGUGAGGCUAAUAUUGCUUCUGGAAGUUUUGAAAAUGACUUGGAAAUGCAUAAAUGGUUACCUACAAAACGAGCAAAUUUGUCUACCUCAUCUUCAUUAGACGGAACAAGUCAAAAUAAAGAAUCAAAUGUCUUAUGUAAUGGUGACGAAAAACUGGAAAGGUCUUGCCAAAAUGGUGAAACAAAAUAUCAUAUACCUGAUUCUGGGACUUCGUUUCCUGCUAUUUUCACUUGUGCGUCUUUCAAUCCUGGGUUUACCCCGAUAAAUUCUUGUACAGAUAUAGGACCAUCUCAUGUUAAUCCUGAGGUAACGAAUAUGCUAACUCCGUUGAGUAUGAGUAUUUAUGGUCUUCCGUUUUCUUCACAACCUGCUGCAUCACUUUACACUCCAUCACAAUUCAUAUAUCCACCGUUAUAUUCCAUGAACAAUAGUUGUGAUGUGCCUAAUCCAAUGACUUCAGCAGCUGCAGCAUUAGCGCUAAAUAACUUUUUAAUACAACAGCAACAACAACAACAACUGCAGUCUCAUCAAUUGUUACGAACUCAGUUGUCGACAGUAUCGAAUCAGCAGUUACCUGGGUCUGGCUUGUAUUCAUCAUAUGUACCAUCUUCCACCUUAGCGACAGCCACAGCUUUAGCAGCAGCCCAUCAACCUCCAGCUCAUGAUGUUCAUACAAAUGCUUCGAACAAUACUUUUCAACACCAGCAACAAGCUCUGUUGUUGUCACUUAUUCUUCGAAGUCAACAAACUAAUCUGGCUGCUGCACAAGUGGCGGCAGCGGGCUAUUUGUCACAAAACGACGCUUCACGAUUACCACCGAUCCCUAAUCUUCAAAAUCAUGGCUGCGUUUUGGAUUCAUCAUGUCCGGUUCCAGGUGCAUUAGGACAUCUAUCGUCUGGACUAUAUGGAACCAGCUUUUGUACACAGAAUCCAAUGACCAAUGUGGCUUACAUUAAUGAAAAAGGCCAUUUGUUGGAAACGUUACCAAUAUGUCGUGAUUUUAAAGCUGGCAAAUGUCGUCGUAACUCAGAAUGCCGUUACGUCCAUCUAGUUGACGGUAAGUAAAGUGUUUUAUAGAAGUUUCUUAUAUAUAUAACGUGAAUUCUGUAGUUUUUUUUACCAUAACUAAGUCUAGCUGUGCUUCACUUUUUCAUCUCGACAUUAUGGAUACUACACCACUUUGGAUUCUUAAGUAGAAGUCAUUUCCCGGACAGAAACUUAAGGUAUUCACUUUCAGACUCACUACUAAUGUGUCGAGAUUGCGUGAUUGCAAAGUUUGCUUUCGCUCUAUUCACAUUGAUUUUCGCUCCUUUAACAUAAAGUGUGAUUGAUUAUAAUGAACUAACAUUACUAUUUUUCCCUAACUUAAUAGAAAAUGUGGAAGUUAAUCAAGGACGUGUGACUGUAUGUCGCGAUGCUGCUAAAGGUCGAUGCACACGUAUACCAUGUAAGUAUUACCACAUUCCUUUGUUCGCCAUUUCGGCUAAUCGAAGUAUGGCAUUGAAUUCCGCUCUGGCCAGUGUCACAGGAUUUCCUACUAUCUCCACACUUUAGAAUUAAACCAGUAAUACCUCCUGGAAAAUAUUUAUCUCUACCAAAUCUCAGAAGAUGAUUAGGUGUUUUUUAUUUUAAGGAUAGAUAUAUAUUUAUAUAAAACUGUCCACCACAUGAAUUUUGAUUUCUACUUUGCCUGAAAAAUAGAUAUCUUCUACUAAUUUCAUCUUUUGAAUUUAUCUCUUAUUUUUGUUUUGGCCAAUGUUUUAUACUGAUGUUUAUUCAAUAAUCGAAUGUCUUCCUCUAGGAUUUAUAAGAACCAAAACUGAAAUGCCUUUAAAUGGUUUGUUUGCCGUCAAUCAUGUUUCCUCAACAUUAUUUUCUUUUAAUUUGUCUCGUCCCAAAAUUUAUUCAGUAUUUCGAUCUUUUCUUUUACUUUUAUCAAUCAUUCGGUUACAGGAAUUAACUGUUCAUUUUGUAUAAAAUAUUAAAAAAUGGAAGAUGAAUAAAAAAUGUCAUACGCUUUCUUUUAUUUCAGUUACUGUAUGAUUUUUUACUGUUAAAUGUUUGACAACCUUGAAGAACUUUUACCAAGACGUAGACAUGUCUUUUCGUACACUUGAAGUGAUAAUAAUAAUACUAACAGGAGUUGAUUUAAUUUUAAGUUAGUUUCAAUUUAAUAAGUUGACAGUGAGAUGCUGAUUUAAUUUUGUUUUUUUCUGUCUGUAUGUUUCAAAAUCAACCGAUAUUCGCUUCAUGAUCUUGUUCACUGACUUUUUUGUUGGAAAAUAUUUCUAUAUUAUUCAUUUCUCUCAAUAUAUAUAAACAUUUACAAUUUAGAUUCGAAACUUCUUGAUAUACUUGUUAUUAAAAUAAUCAAUACGAAAAUUAUUACUAUAAUUAUGAUACAUACAAUGUUUCGUUUUUAUGGUUUCUAGUACGAUAAUAUUACUUUUUAUGUAGUUAGUUCGUGAUCAUAUUUUUAAUUGUGAGUUAUAAUCACUUAUUGUGUAAGUAGUCCAAGCGCUGUAUGUGCACAUACUAUUGGUAUAAUUAUUAACGUUAUGAGUAAAAGCAAUCUGUGGCGGUUUGUUUAAAUGUUUCUGAAUAAUAUUAAUUAAAUAAUAAUGGGGAAAGAUCUACUCAUCUUCAA